GUUACCGCCAGGGGCAGCACAGUUGCAGAAUUUGUGAUUUGUGUUUAUCAACCACGCGUCUGCCGCUUUCUCCUUUCUCAACAUUUUCCUCAGAGAAGACACGAUUCCAACCAAUUUUAGCAGAGAGGGCGAAAUAAAACACUUUCAGCCAUGGCGGAUGCCGCGGCUCGUCAGCAGCAGUACGAGUACAAAGCGAACUCCAAUCUUGUCUUGCAAGCGGACACUCGUUUGAUCGAGCGCCGUAGUCGAGAUGAAGCGACCGGAGAAGUUGUUUCCCUUGUCGGGAGGUUGGAUGGUACUAGAAUGGGCGACCGGUACCAACGUAGCAGGCCUGAAAAAACGGAAGAAAGAAAGGCAAAGAGGCAGAAGCGAGAUGAGGCCCAAUAUGACUUUACAAAAAUGAAGGGUUCCAACAUUUUGGACGAUCACAUUGACGAUGUUGCUGGAAUUUUAUAUAGACCAAAAACUCAAGAGACUAGGCAGACCUACGAGGUUCUGCUGAGCUUCAUUCAAGAGGCAUUAGGAGAUCAGCCACGAGACAUCCUUUGUGGAGCAGCUGAUGAAGUCUUGACAGUCUUGAAAAAUGAUAAGCUGAAAGACAAAGACAAGAAAAAAGAGACUGAGUCUUUACUUGGCACAAUUGCCGAAGAGAGGUUUGCGCUGCUGACAAACCUGGGAAAGAAAAUCACCGACUUCAACUCUGAUGCCAAUAAUGCUGAUGAGAAUAUUGAUGAAACAUACGGCAUUAACUGCCAGUUUGAGGAAAGCUCAGACGAAGAUGAUGAGGACAAGCAUGGGGAGGUGUGCGAGGACAUAGAGGAUAUGGACGAAGGAGAGGAAGCUAGGCUAGACACUUCAAUCCAUGCUGAAAAUCUGGCAGCUGCAGAAAGAGAAAAGAUAGAGAAGAAGAAAAAGACAACUCUUCAUCCUCUAGACAUUGAUGCAUACUGGCUGCAACGCUGCCUUUCAAAGUAUUAUGAUGAUGCGAUGCUGUCUCAGGCAAAAGCGGCGGAGGUUUUGUCGGUUUUGAAGAGUGCUGCGGACGAUCGUGAAGCAGAAACUCAGUUGGUCCUACUUUUGGGUUACGACUGUUUUGAUUUCAUCAAACUGCUGAAAAAGCACAGGCAGAUGAUUGUGUACUGCACAUUGUUGGCUUCGUCUCAGAGUGAUUCCGACAAGGAGUCGUUGAAAUCCAAAAUGAAAGAUGAUCCAGCUCUGGCGAAAAUUCUACUGCAACUUGAGACUGGCAAAGAGGAAGAUAUGGAAGGAGAUGGCUCUGAAACUAGAUCCAGCCAUCAUAAGAACGCAGAUGAGGGUGUUGGUCCCGAGGGAACUGCUGGGCAGGUUGCAGGCACAAGGUCGGUUCUUGAUUUCGAAGACAUGGUUUUCACACAAGGCUGCCAUUUUAUGGCCAAUAAGAAGUGCCAAUUGCCGGAGGGAUCUUUCAGGAAGCAGAGAAAAGGUUACGAAGAAGUCCACGUACCCGCUCUUAAGCCCAAGGCUUUCCAGACAAACGAGUCUCUACUCCCAAUUGAAAAGCUCCCUAAAUAUGCCCAGGCUGCAUUUGAAGGUUUCAAGACGCUCAACAGGAUUCAGAGCAGACUUCAUAAAACUGCUUUGGAGUCCGAUGAAAAUCUGCUUCUUUGUGCACCUACUGGUGCUGGUAAAACAAAUGUGGCAAUGUUGUGCAUGAUGAGAGAGAUUGGCAAGUACAUCAAUGCUGACGGCACAAUCAAUGCUGACGAGUUUAAGAUCAUCUAUGUUGCUCCCAUGAGAUCACUGGUACAGGAAAUGGUCGGCAACUUUGGAAGGCGUUUGGCGUCUUACAAUAUCACUGUGUCUGAAUUAACUGGUGAUCAUCAGUUGACAAGAGAGCAAAUUGCUGCAACACAAGUGAUUGUGUGCACUCCAGAAAAAUGGGAUAUCAUUACGAGGAAGGGAGGAGAAAAGAGCUUCACACAACUAGUGCGACUUGUCAUCAUUGAUGAAAUCCAUUUGCUUCACGAUGAACGUGGUCCUGUUUUGGAGGCAUUGGUUGCAAGGACAAUUCGAAACAUUGAAUCAACGCAAGAAGAUGUGAGAAUUGUUGGUCUCAGUGCCACUCUUCCAAACUACCAAGACGUAGCCACUUUCCUUCGUGUCAAGACUGAAACUGGUCUCUUCUUCUUUGACAACAGCUUCAGACCUGUUCCAUUGGAGCAGCAAUACAUUGGAAUCACAGAGAAGAAAGCGCUGAAGCGCUUCCAAGCCAUGAAUGAUGUUGUCUACGAAAAGGUCAUGGAUCAGGCUGGCAAGAACCAAGUUCUGAUCUUUGUCCACUCAAGAAAAGAGACUGGUAAAACUGCCAGAGCCUUGAGAGAUGCUUGUCUAGAUAAGGACACUCUUGGUCUCUUUUUGCGUGAGGGCUCUGCAUCAACAGAAGUAUUACGAAGUGAAGCAGACCAAGUUAAGAAUCCUGAACUUAAAGAUCUCCUACCCUAUGGCUUUGCCAUCCAUCAUGCAGGAAUGACCAGAGUGGACAGAACUUUGGUGGAGGAUUUGUUCGCCGACAGGCACAUUCAAGUUUUAGUGUCAACAGCUACCCUUGCUUGGGGUGUCAACUUGCCUGCUCACACUGUAAUCAUCAAAGGAACGCAGGUUUACAAUCCAGAAAAGGGUCGUUGGAUGGAGUUAGGCGCCUUAGAUGUGCUGCAGAUGCUUGGGCGUGCUGGCAGACCGCAAUAUGAUACCAAGGGCGAAGGCAUCCUAAUCACUAACCAUAGCGAGCUGCAGUACUACUUGUCACUUCUGAACCAACAACUUCCAAUUGAGUCACAAAUGAUCAGCAAGUUGCCUGACAUGCUCAAUGCUGAAAUUGUUUUGGGCACCAUCCAAAACGUGCAAGAUGCUGUUACUUGGUUGGGAUAUACCUACUUGUACAUCAGGAUGUUGCGUCAUCCAACUUUAUAUGGUGUCACUCAUGACAUGUUGAAGGAAGACCCUCUCUUGGAGCAGCGACGAGCUGAUCUUAUCCACACAGCAGCUGUGCUUUUGGACAGAAGUGGUCUUGUCAAGUACGACAGGAAAACUGGAGCGCUGCAAGUCACGGAGUUGGGCCGCAUUGCCAGUCACUUCUACUGCACACACGACUCUAUGUCAACUUACAACCAGCUUCUGAAACCCACUUUAAGUGAAAUUGAAAUUUUCAGGGUGUUCUCCCUGUCGAGUGAGUUCAGGAAUAUCACUGUGCGUGACGAAGAAAAACUGGAAUUGCAGAAGUUGAUUGAGCGCGUCCCUAUCCCAAUCAAGGAGGGUAUUGAAGAGCCAAGUGCAAAGGUCAAUGUACUGCUCCAAGCAUACAUCUCUCAACUCAAGUUGGAAGGAUUUGCAUUAAUGUCGGACAUGGUUUAUGUCACUCAAUCAGCGUCACGUCUCAUGCGAGCAAUUUUUGAAAUUGUGAUGUUCCGUGGCUGGGCUCAAUUGGCUGACAAGACAUUGUCUCUAUGUAAAAUGAUUGACCGACGAAUGUGGCAAUCGAUGUCUCCACUGAGGCAGUUCAGGAAAAUGCCCGAAGAAAUAGUGAAGAAAAUCGAAAAGAAAAACUUCCCCUGGGAACGAUUGUAUGAUUUAGGGCCAAAUGAAAUUGGAGAACUCAUCAGAGUCCCUAAAUUGGGCAAGAUGAUUCACAAGUAUGUUCAUCAGUUCCCCAAGCUGGACUUGGCCACUCACAUUCAGCCAGUUACAAGAUCAACCCUACGAGUCGAGCUCACGAUUACACCCGACUUCCAAUGGGAUGAAAAAAUCCAUGGUGCCUCUGAAGCAUUUUGGAUUCUUGUGGAAGAUGUUGACUCGGAAGUUAUCCUUCACAGUGAAUAUUUCCUGCUGAAAGCCAAAUUUGCGCAAGACGAGCAUGUGGUCAAAUUCUUUGUUCCUGUCUUUGAACCCCUGCCACCGCAAUAUUUCUUGAGGAUUGUUUCGGAUCGCUGGAUUGGUGCUGAAACUCAGUUGCCAGUGUCAUUCAGGCACUUGAUUCUGCCCGAAAAGAAUCCCCCUCCAACAGAAUUGCUGGACUUGCAGCCUCUUCCCAUCACUGCUCUGCGAAAUCCCACACUCGAGUCACUCUACACUGACAAAUUCAAGCAGUUUAACCCAAUUCAGACGCAAGUCUUCAACGCAGUCUUCAACAGUGAUGACAAUGUCUUUGUUGGAGCGCCCACAGGGUCGGGAAAGACCACCAUUGCAGAGUUUGCUGUCCUUCGACUCUUCACCCAAAAUCCCGAUGGUCGAUGCGUCUACCUAGUUGCUAAAGAUGCCUUGGCGCAAAUUGUUUACACAGACUGGGCCAAACGAUUUGGAUCCGUCUUGGGCAAAAAGGUUGUUCUUCUGACGGGAGAAACAGGAACAGACUUAAAACUCAUUGCAAAGGGUCAAAUUAUUGUCACAACGGCAGAGAAGUGGGACGUCUUAUCAAGAAGAUGGAAGCAGCGUAAGAAUGUGCAGUCUGUGCAGCUUUUCAUCGUCGACGAGCUUCAGCUCAUCGGUGGAGACGAUGGUCCAGUCCUGGAAGUUGUAUGCUCUCGAAUGAGAUACAUUUCAUCCCAGCUGGAAAAACAAAUUAGGAUCGUCGCUCUUGGAUCAUCAAUUGGAGAUGCCAAAGACAUGGCUCAAUGGCUGGGAUGCCUUGCUAAUUCCACAUUCAACUUCCACCCAAGCGUGAGGCCAGUGCCUUUGGAACUUCAUAUCCAGGGCUUGAACAUCACCCACAAUCAGACCAGAAUGAGUGCCAUGGCGAAGCCAGUGUACAACUGUAUCAUGAGACACAGUCGCACCAAGCCUGCCAUCGUUUUCGUGCCAACAAGGAAACAGGCUCGUCUCACUGCUAUUGACAUUCUCACAUACUCGGCCUCCGAGGGCAAUCCAAACCAAUUCUUGCAUGUCGAAGUUGAUGACUUGAAGCCCUAUUUGGAGAAACUAUCUGAUAAGACCCUGAGAGAGACUCUAUCGCAAGGUGUUGCUUACAUUCACAAGGGCUUGAAUGCCACUGACUUGAGGAUUGUGGAACAGUUGUUUGAGACUGGGGCCAUUCAAGUAGCAGUCGUGACAAGAAGUCUUUGCUGGGCCACAAACAUUUCGGGCCACUUGGUCGUCAUCAUGGACACACAGUGCUACAAUGGCAAAGUUCAUGCUUAUGAGGACUACCCGAUUACUGAUGUUCUUCAAAUGGUCGGCCGAGCAAACAGACCCAAUGAAGAUGAUGAUGCAAAAUGUGUUUUGAUGUGUCAGACGUCCAAAAAAGACUUCUUCAAAAAGUUCCUUAGUGAACCACUGCCUGUUGAGAGUCACUUGGAUCAUCGUCUUCAUGAUCACUUCAAUGCCGAAAUUGUCACAAAGACCAUUGAAAACAAACAAGAUGCCGUCGAUUAUCUUACUUGGACAUUCCUGUAUCGCAGACUCACCCAGAAUCCCAACUACUAUGGCCUCCAAGGUGUCACUCAUCGUCAUUUGUCGGACCACUUGUCAGAGCUUGUGGAAAAUACCUUGAGUGACUUGCAGCAGUCUAAGUGCAUCAGUGUUGAAGAUGAAAUGGAUUGUCAGCCUCUCAAUUUGGGCAUGAUUGCUGCCUAUUACUACAUAAACUAUACCACCAUUGAACUCUUCAGUCUUUCCCUGAACAACAAGACCAAAAUUCGAGGACUGCUGGAGAUUAUCUCUGCAGCUGCCGAGUAUGAAGAUGUUCCCGUGAGGCACAGAGAGGACGUCAUCCUGAAGGCACUGGCCUCAAAACUACCCAACAAGGUGCCCAACCCCAAAUACAAUGACCCUCAUGUCAAGACCAACUUGCUGCUGCAAGCCCAUUUGUCGAGACUGCAAUUGGGAGCCGAGUUGCAGCAGGACACAGAAAUGAUCCUCAGCAAGGCCAUCAGGCUGAUUCAGGCAUGUGUCGAUGUGCUCAGCUCCAACGGGUGGCUCUCCCCUGCAGUGGCUGCAAUGGAGUUGGCUCAAAUGGUGACGCAGGCGAUGUGGAGCAAGGACUCUUACCUGAAACAACUGCCGUAUUUCACACAGGAUAUUAUUGAGAGGUGUUUGUCAAAAGAAGUGGAAACCGUUUUUGACAUCAUGGAACUUGAAGACGAUGCGCGCAGCAAACUGCUCCAGUUGUCAGACGCACAAAUGGUGGACGUGGCCCGCUUCUGCAACCGCUAUCCAAAUAUUGAAAUGAACUACGAUGUGCUCGAGAAAGAAAACAUUCAUAUUGGAGACACAGUUAAUGUUGUCGUAAAUCUUGAGCGCGAAGACGAAGUGACCGGCCCUGUAAUUGCACCGUUCUUCCCACAGAAACGAGAGGAAGGAUGGUGGGUAGUGAUCGGUGACCCAAAAACAAACGCCCUGCUGUCCAUUAAGCGGCUCACACUUCAGCAAAAGGCCAAGGUCAAGCUUGACUUUGUUGCCCCCAAGCCGUGUGGUGACUACGACUACACUUUGUACUUCAUGUCUGACGCAUACCUGGGCUGCGAUCAAGAGUACAAGUUCAAAAUCAGAGUCGAAGAGCCCGUCUCUGAAUCAGAAUCGGAUAGCGACUAAGAAGGGGGUAACUUGUUUUCAACGUCAUUUGUAGAACUCCAUUUGAUUUUUGUGUAAAAUAAUAAACUACUUUUAACAUCUUAAAAAA